GUUUGGAUAUAGAAGUUAAAAUUCCAGUCCAGGUUUGUUGGAUAAGUUGAAGUGUAAACAUGACACUAGGCAACAAAUCCAUCCUGAACUUGAAAUUACAUGUACAGUGACGUCAUAUCACUGAAUUAUGUAUUACUGAGCACUGCUAAAGGCUUUACAUUGAUUUUUUCAUUUAUCUGAGAAAACAAUUACCCCUGACAAAGAGAUCUCAAAAAACCUUGAAGAAUUGUGUUCAGGUAUACACUGUCCACGGGACGUUUAUACUGAAAGUGAAGCUUGUCUGUGACAGAGGCAUUGUCUGAUGUCAGGAGGACAAACACAGCAUUGUCGGAGUGUAUACACAGAGCUGUCUCUAAAGUUUUGUUUCUCGGGACAGGAAAAGACUUUCUCUGGUGUGGAAUCACCUGUGGGAAUCAUUUUGUUUUACAUUGGAUAUAAACGGUGCUUAAGUAACCUUUGCUAUUUAUAAAUUCUACAAGAUAUCGACUGCAAUCAAUGCAGUCAUCAAGGCAUUGCUGAUACCUGUCCUGCACAUUUUUAAACAAGUAAUUACUUUGGAGUAAAAUAAAAUAUUGUAAAAAUGGUGGAUGUUUUUCGAGGAAUGGCAGACAGUCCAGACAUAGACCCAAUGGAUGCUGUGAAGAUGAACCAGCUCCAGAACUUGAUACAUGAUGCUCUGAUCUCCACCAAUAAUGUCCAGCACUGUGCCAUCGUCAGGAGGAAGGACUGUAAUGUCCGUGCCAGUUCUGUGGGUUUCAAUCUGUAUCCGGACCAGGUACAGAUGUUACUGGAUGCCUUUAAGAACCCGCCUCAGACACGGGAGGAAGGAGUAUACUUCGAUGACGGACAGUACAAAUGUGUUAGGGCAGAUAAAAACUCUAUUUAUGGGAAAUGUGAAAAGAAGGGAUUGAUACUGGUGAAGACACUGUCAAUGCUUGUGGUGGCAACUUACACAGAGAGCAUGUACCCCAGUGUGUGUGUGGAGGCAGUAGAAAAACUCGCUGAUUACUUCAAAGAAAAAGGGAAAUAGUGUUCACCAGAUGAAGUUUGACUGCUGUCCUUUUGGAUGAUAGAUUGAAGCCAAUGAAAUUCUUCACACUGCCAAACUGCAUCUGUGAUGUGCUCUGACAAACAUUGCUACCGAUACACCUGGGUAACUAGGGUGUAGAAUCUCAGACCUGGUGGAGAACAUGCAUGUCAGACUCGUUUAUAUAUGCCAUCCAACUGGACUGUAAUUUUCUAAAUACAUGUUUGAGCAAUUACACUUGCCUAUGGUAAAUGAAUUGAACUGAAAAUGUUUCCUGCAUAUGUAAGUUUUAUUUUCUCUCCAGUUUUGGUAAGGUUCUGUGAGUUUCCAAGUAAAAAAUGCAGUGAACUUUUCUGUCAAUCAAUGUAUAUGGACAGGUAUACGUAUUCAAGGUUACAUUAUUUGGUCAUUUUUUUUCUACUGAAGUACAAAUGCAAAACACAGUCUAUCAGUAGAUUUCUAAUUGUACAUAAGGCAAUACUACCAGCAUGCAUUGUAUCUUGCCUCUGUGACUAAAGUAUAAGUAUUACUUUUACAACUUCAAAGUUAUAUGAAAGAAAGAACUUGUACAUGCAUAAGUUAAAUUGGAACCAAAUAUUGAUUAGGUGUCUCAGUUGAUGUUAAUGCCUGUUUCAAACAGUGUAAAUUGUAGGAUGAAGUAUAUUAUGGAGGUAGAAUGUGUGUUAUGGAUGAGAUUGAGUGAAACAAUCAACUUUGUCAAAAUUGAUAUAUUUUUAUUCCAUAUAUAAUUGAUAUUUUCUAUAUUUUACAUAAUUAGAAUGAUUAGUUUCAUGUUACUGUAUAUUAAAAAUUUGAAUUGUUCCAGUCAUAUAAAUAUAUUUUAAACAUAAAACUUUGGUAAGGUAGUUAUGUUUAAGUACACUGUCUUAUGAUUUAUCUCCCGUUAUAUGGUUGAUAUUUAACUGAUAUAAUACAGAUACUGGUUACUGGUAUCAGUUGUAAGACCUCUUUGUUCAUCUGGACCAACACUGUUUCUCUUAAAUUUUUGAAGAAUGGAUAUUUGCACAACAGGACUAUUUUUAAUUUAUUUAUUUUUUUGUUAUUUUUAAAUAUUACUGAUAUUUACAUUCAGAACCCAGUGUC